GAGUUCGCGUUUAGUUCACUUGUGAAACUUAACUCUGCGACUAACAAAUGGGACGUCCGCGCACCAUUGACGUAACCAACUUGGUGGUAAUAUUCCCCGAUAAGAACUUUUGCCGCUGCGUGCUUUGCGAUAGGACCCUCGCUGGCUGCUUGCGGAGCAACAUCAAGCGGCAUUACCAGCGCCUGCAUCCAGAAGUCGUCUUGCCACGACCCCAAGACACAGGAUCUACCGGACAGACGAAAAAAUCAGUUACAGAGGUAUCAAAGAUGGGACGAACACCGAUUAUGGACACACGAACUUUGGUUAAUUUGCAGCCGGAUGGAAGGCGUUGCCGUUGCCGGAUCUGCGACAAGACACUCAUCUUCCUCUCGGGCAAUGUGCGUCGUCACUACAAGAAUUAUCACCCCCAGCACAUACCGGAUCGGCCGUCGUACAAUCCUCCAGCCGAGAAUAGGAAGCACUUGAAUCGCAGUCGAAACAAAGCGGAUCUAACUAUAGACCCUGCCACAAUAAUGACCACCACCAUGGAAACGGGCGACGAGGAUGAGAAGGCCUCUAGUAGCCGGCUCUCCAGUGACCAGUUCGAGAGCAUCUUCAUUGGAAAGUCGGAGGUGCCGGAUGUAGUGGAAGUGGACUUCUCAGGCGACCAACUGAUCGAUCACGAUAAGAUGCGUUACUCACAAUCACUGAACCAGUCAGAGCCGCCCAUUACAGCAGCCAUGACGAUGACCAGUACACCCUCUGCAUCAGCUUCUGCUCCGAGGACUUCCUCUGUAGCUCUCCUACCGUCCCCGACACUGUCUGGAGACGACGCCUUCUUUCUUCAAUAUCUGGGUAACAAGUUUGGAAACUAUUCCACGCGCACCAAGCACACGGUUCAGUUCCAAAUCAAUCGAAUCUUGUACAGGGCCGAUAUGGGCUGCUUCGAAGAUGCCGACGCGAGCCAAUUAAAUGAAUCCGAAAUUGUCUAGAAAUAAGCAGAAAGUCCCGUUAUAACAAAGUUAAUUGUAACCGUACCAUUGUUUCAUUGUACCAUUUAUGUAUAUAAUAAAUAUAUGUUUGUUUGUUUGUAUGUAUGUA